GAGGGUGGUGGUGGUGGUGGAAUAGAGGACAGAGAGGAGGUGGACAAUGCUAGUGCUACUGCUACACCACAGUCAGUACAGAAAUUACCUGCUCGGCUGCUUAGCAUUCCAUUGUCCAAUGUGGAGCGGCUGCGCUCGACACUAUCUGCAGUUUCACUGAUAGAGCUCAUCGAGUUGGUCCCGCAGCUGAUGAGCAGAUCAUCAACAUCAGCAGAUGGGCACCCAGACAAGAAGAAACUUUUCUCUGUGCAGGACUUCUUCAGAUAUGCAGAAAUCGAAGGGAAGCGGUUCUUUGAGGAGUUAGACAGAGAUGGUGAUGGCCAAGUCACUCUAGAAGAUCUCGAAAUUGCAAUGAGGAAGAGACGGUUACCUAGGAGGUAUGCUCGGGACUUCUUACGGCGUACCAGAAGCAACUUUUUUUCAAAAUCGAUUGGCUGGAAGCAAUUUUUAUCCUUGAUGGAACAGAAGGAGCCAACCAUUCUCCGAGCAUAUACCAUGUUGUGUUUGAGCAAGUCUGGAACACUUCACAAGAAUCAAAUUUUGACUUCCUUGAGAAGUGCAGGCCUCCCGGCCAAUGAAGAUAAUGCUGCUGCCAUGCUACGGUAUCUUAAUUCAGAUUCAGAAGGAUCAAUCUCAUAUGGCCAUUUCCGCAACUUCAUGGUUCUACUUCCUUCAGAACGCCUUGAGGAUGAUCCUCGGAGCAUUUGGUUUGAAGCUGCUACUGUUUUUUCUGUUCCCCCACCUGUUGAAAUAUCGACUGGAAGUGUUUUGAAGUCUGCUUUAGCUGGAGGCCUUGCUAGUGCACUCUCCACCUCUCUGCUGCAUCCUAUUGAUUCGAUGAAGACCCGUCUCCAAUCAUCUACGCUCUCAUUUCCAGAGCUCAUUUCAAAGCUUCCACAAAUUGGGCUUCGAGGAUUGUAUCGAGGUUCUAUCCCAGCAAUUCUCAGCCAGUUUUCAAGUCAUGGUUUGAGGACAGGGAUCUUCGAAGCAAGCAAGCUUGUAUUAAUUAAUGUCGCUCCAGCACUUCCAGAGAUUCAGGUGCAAUCAAUGGCUUCCUUCUGCAGCACAGUCCUGGGUACUGCAGUCCGUAUCCCUUGUGAGGUUCUCAAGCAGCGUUUGCAGGCUGGAAUCUUCAACAACAUAGGGGAGGUGAUUGUUGGCACCAUGCGACAAGAUGGCCCAAUGGGAUUUUUUCGUGGCACUGGGGCCACACUUUGUCGUGAGGUUCCUUUCUAUGUUGCUGGAAUGUGCCUCUAUGCAGAAGCUAAGAAGGUAGCGCAGCAUGUUGCGAAGUGGGACUUGGAACCAUGGGAAAUUGUAGCAGUUGGAGCAUUAUCUGGAGGACUUGCAGCAGUUGUCACCACUCCCUUUGAUGUGAUGAAAACACGGAUGAUGACUGCCCCUCCAGGCACACCAGUGUCUAUGCAGAUGAUAGUCUUUUCCAUCCUUGGAAGCGAGGGCCCCCUUGGCCUGUUCAAGGGUGCGAUCCCUCGCUUCUUCUGGAUUGCUCCUCUCGGAGCAAUGAACUUUGCAGGCUACGAGCUUGCAAAGAGGGCAAUGAUCAAAGAUGAGAACGAGUCCAGAGGGUCUACACAGGAGAAGAAAGCCACGGUGGGUUCCAGAGAUUGACCUCCGUUCGCCUGGCUAACAUUGUGGUGCACGCAAAGAAACUGAAGCCAUGCAACACAAGUUUUUCUGGCCAUGUUGCAGAGAAGCAAUAGAACAUCUGGCUUCCUUCAUAAUACAUGUAUUCAGUUCUAGGUUGCUACAUUUUUUCUCCCUCCUCUGAUGAAAAUUUGCCGAAUUUUAAUUUCAGUAGGCCUUGGGAUGGCUGUAUAGUACAGUAGAUGAAAAAAAAGGGCUAGAGGGUAGAGGCACAUGCUGGAGCUGUUGUUGUUUUGCUGGACAGUACAGCUGGCUUCAUGUUUGUCGUUUGACAAUGAUCCAUAGCUGUUCUGCUGUAAAUUCGCUGUUGUACUCACUCUGAUGACCAUUUGGCUUGGAAUUCGUUGAAGUUUAAAAAGGCACAGGUUUGUGUUGUAUGAAAAUAGGUAGCUUAAUAAGACGCCAAGCACGACUUGUGUUUGUGCACCCCUAACAAACAUUGUUGACCUUGGACUUGUCGACCGAUGGGUGAUGACCAUGUCCAAGAAGCAAGUCUCUUUCUCUCUCCAGGAAGCUCCGCCCAGCUUGCACGGAACGAAUUCCAUUCCAUUGGAUGGAGGCGAUCGAGCUCUCCAGGGCAGCUGGAGUCAUGUUUGGAAUUCGAUUCAGCUUCAGCCAUCAGACCAAUGCCAAUUCUCAUCAGCUAGCUAGAUAAGAUGGGCAGUUCAUCGGGUGGUGAUCCUGAACAGAAACAUGGCGAGCAGCAUGCAGCAGGAAUGAUGAUGGGGAACGGUUCAGAUUCAUACAACGAUGACGCACCAUCUGAGGAGUGGCAGUCGAGCUCGCCUUCGUCCACCCGCCAAAUGCUUUCCAGACGACGACGUUUCACUCCGGUGGCCUUUGUGAGGAAGAUCGACUGGGGCUCCCUGUGGGACAAGGCCAAGGAGUGGAUCAGGAGCCCCAUGAACAUGGCUCUGUUGGUGUGGAUCGUCGCCGUCGGGGUGUCAGGGGCCAUCCUCUUCAUGGUGAUGACCGGGAUGCUCAGCCGCGUGCUGCCGACGAAAUCGCAGAGGGACACAUGGUUCGAGGUGAACAACCAGAUCCUGAAUGCUCUCUUCACUCUCAUGUGCCUCUACCAGCACCCGAGGAGGUUCUACCACCUGGCGCUCCUCUGCCGGUGGAGAGCCGGCGACAUGCUCCAGCUCCGGCAGGUCUACUGCAAGGACGGCACCUGCAAGCCCGGCGAGAGGAAGCACAUCACGGUGGUGGUCCUGCUGCUGCACCUCAACUGCUUCGCGCAGUACGCGCUGUGCGGCCUCAACCUUGGGUACCGGAGGCCGGAGCGCCCCGUCAUCGGAGUCGCCCUCACCAUCUCGGUGGCCAUCUGCGCGCCGGCGGUGGCCGGGCUGUACAACAACCUCAGCCCUCUCGGGAACGACUACGAGGCCCAGGCAGAGGACGACGAUGAGGAGUCCUCCUCCUGCAAUGACAACAACAACAUGAACAAUAAUCCGCAGCAGCUGCAACGGAAGAGGAGGAAGAGCGAGGACGACGAGCAGCAGAGCAGGGAAGAAUCAUCAUGGGCGGGCGGGCUGCUGGAUGUGUGGGACGACAUGUCGCUGGCCUACGUCUCCGUGUUCUGCAGCUGCUGCCUCUUUGGUUGGAACAUGAGCAGGCUCGGCUUCGGCAACAUGUACGUCCACAUCGCCACGUUCCUGCUCUUGUGCCUGGCGCCCUUCUUCAUCUUCGACCUGGCGGCCAUCAACAUCGACAACGAGGACGUCAGGGGCGCGCUGGGCCUCGCCGGCAUCUUCCUCUGCGUCCUCGGCCUCCUCUACGGCGGCUUCUGGAGGAUCCAGAUGCGCCGGAGGUUCCGUCUGCCGGCGAGCCACGCCUGCUGCGGCAAGCCGGACCUCACCGACUGCCUGCACUGGCUCUGCUGCUACCCGUGCGCUCUGGCUCAGGAAGUCCGCACGGCCGACACUCUGCUUCCUCCAGCUGCAAGACCAGUAGCAUCAAUCAACGAUCAUAGGGUGGUCACUGUGCCCCCUUCACUGUCAGUUAUACGUACUACAUAAUGACAUCUCAAAGUCUACACUUUCUUAUGUUUCUAAUAGACCGAGAAGAAAAAAAGUAGAAUGAUUUCAGUUCAAAUUGGUAAA